UCGGCGGCUCAUAUAUAUUGCCUUUAAAAACGCUUAUUUGGAAUAUAUUACAGUACCUGGAGGUGAAUAUCGAACAUUUGAGCCAAGAGGUGAUGUUCCCUCUCCGGUACCGGUGCUGAAUCCUGACCUCGCUGUCAUGGCCUCAACCCUCCAAUCAUGCAGAACUCAUCCCUCCUGAGCCUCGUCUCCCUCCCACGCGAACACAGCCUCCCCUCCUCUCGCACCAUGACCACCUCCCACAUGAACGGCCACCUGAGCGAGUCGGAGGACCGCGCGGCGGGCACCGGCGACGCCCCCGAUUCGCCCGGCCACUGGCACAGGGAGAUGGCCGUGGACUGUCCCGGCGACCUGGGCUCCCGCACGCUCCCCGUGCGGCGCAGCGCCCAGCUGGAGCGCAUCCGCCAGCAGCAGGAGGACCGCAGGAGGAGAGAGGAGGAGGGCCGCAGCCGGCAGGAGCUGGAGCUCAAUUCCUCCACGCGGCUCAAGAAGCUGGCGCAGAACCCCAAGGUCGGCAUCGACAACCCCACCUUCGAGACGUUGGAGGGUCCCGGGGGGUCACUGAUGCCGCUGCAGGUCCUCAGCGCGGAUCCUAAGAUACUGGAUCUGGAGGAGCUUCUGAUGUCUCUGAAGCAGGUCCAGCACUGUCUGGGUGACACUCAGAGUCAGGCCGACGUGGAGCUGGUGCUGCAGCUGGUGCAGAAGUCCGAUUUCCAGAAGGCCUUCAACAUCCACAACGCCGUGGCGCUGCACAUGAACCGGCCCAGUCCUCCUUAUCCCCUCACGGACCGAGCUCAAGGCCUCGUCCACGAGGUCCAGACUUUGCUUCACAGCGGCUCGCAGAAAGAAGGACUAGAACUGAGCACGCUGCUGAAAAGCCCUCACAUGCAGGCCCUUCUGUUUGCACAUGACAGCGUGGCGGAGCAGGAGAUGCAGCUAGAGCCCCUGGGUGCUCUCGACAGCUCGUGCGAGACCCUCACACAAUGGGGAGGGGAGACCGUCAAGAUAGUACGCAUCGAGAAAGCGAAGGACGUCCCACUGGGAGCCACGGUGAGGAACGACAUGGACAGCGUGAUCAUCAGCCGUAUCGUGAAAGGAGGCGCAGCAGAGCGGAGCGGACUCCUCCACGAGGGCGACGAGGUCUUAGAGAUCAACGGGGUCGAGAUACGCGGCAAAGACGUCAACGAAGUCUUUGAUAUCUUGGCGGAGAUGCACGGCACGCUGAGCUUCAUCCUGAUCCCGAGCCUGCACACGAAACCCCCUCCUAUUAAAGAAACUGUGGUGCACGUGAAAGCACAUUUCGAUUACGACCCCUCCGAUGACCCGUACGUGCCAUGCCGGGAGCUGGGCCUCUGCUUCCAGAAGGGCGAUAUUCUGCACAUUAUUAGUCAGGACGACCCCAACUGGUGGCAGGCCUACAGAGACGGAGACGAGGACAAUCAGCCCCUGGCUGGACUGGUGCCAGGCAAAUGCUUCCAGCAGCAAAGAGAAGCCAUGAAGCAAACGAUAGAAGAGGAUAAAGAACCUGAGAAAUCAGGAAAACUGUGGUGUGCCAAAAAGAACAAGAAAAAACGGAAGAAGCUGCAGUAUAAUGCGAACAAAAAUGACGACUACGACAAUGAAGAGAUCCUCACCUACGAGGAGAUGGCACUGUACCAUCAGCCAGCCAAUCGCAAGCGCCCCAUCGCUCUGAUCGGCCCUCCCAACUGUGGACAGAACGAGUUAAGACAGAGACUGCUGUCUAGUGAACCCGAACGCUUCGGAGGCGCCGUUCCUCACACCACGCGGAACCGGCGGGACGGCGAGGUCAACGGGCGCGACUACCACUUCGUCUCGCGGCAGGCCUUCGAACUGGACUCGGCGGCCGGCAAGUUCAUCGAGUCCGGAGAGUUCGAGAAGAACCUGUACGGCACCAGCACGGACUCCGUGCGCCAGCUCAUCAACGGCGGCAAGAUCUGCGUCCUGUGCCUGCACACUCAGUCUUUGAAGGUAUUGCGCAGCUCGGACCUCAAGCCCUAUAUUAUCUUCAUCGCGCCGCCCUCCCAGGAGCGACUGCGCGCCCUCCUGACGAAAGAGAACAAGAACCCAAAGCCCGAGGAGCUGAGGGAGAUCAUCGAAAAAGCCAGGGAGAUGGAGCAGAACUUCGGCCACUCGUUCGACGCCGCCAUCGUGAACACAGACCAGGACAAAGCCUAUCAGGAGCUGCUGCGUCUCAUCAACAAACUGGACACGGAGCCUCAGUGGGUCCCUUCGUCCUGGCUGCGCUGAGUAAAGGAAGAGGUCGUGCGCGGGCAUCGGUCGGUCGGGGGGUUCUACGACCGGACGUGCGAUCAUGUGCCGAGUCGGGAUACCGUGUAUCUACGCUACACUGCAACCUGAACACUCGGACAGCUGAAUAUAUUCACAUUCCGGCGCUACGUCAAUAAUGUACCAGCACUUGGUAGCAGCAAUAGAAUUCUAUACUGCUUUGGAUGAUUAUUUAUGAUUGUAAUGUACCUGAUGUGUUUAAAAAACCUCAAGGGUUGAACUUCAUGGGUCUCGACACUAUAGUCACUUGAAGGAAUAACUAGGAACUGCCCUCAUUUCAUUUUCAGACAGUUACAUUAGAUUAGGACUGAUCGAACGGCCUCGGCCUGCUCUCUAAGACCUCAUUCGAACCUCGGCUGGCUGUCCUCCGAUUGGCCUGUUGUCAGACUGUGCACUGUGAAACCUGAACGAAUGCAAAUGUGCCCACGUGAACCAGCGAUGACAUCAAAGGGCCACAUUUGAAUAGCCUGUAGGUUUAAAGCUCAAAGGUUUGGGUCACUUUUGUACAUAGGUGAAGUCUGUUAUGGAAUAAGAUACACUUGUUACUGUUGGGCCCUUGAGCAAGGCCUUUAACCUUAGCCAGACAAUGGUUGACCCUGUGCUCUGACCCCAAGCUGGAAUACAUGGAAAAAUGAUUUAAAGCUAGGUGGGUAGCACUGUCGUCUCACAGCAAGAAGGUCCUGGGUUCGAUCCCCAGGUUCUGUGCGGAGUUUGCAUGUUCUCCCCGUGUCUGCGUGGGUUUCCUCCAGGAGCUCCUGUUUCCUCCCACAGUCCAAAAAACAUGCAGUUAAGGUUAAUUGUAGACACUGAAUUGCCCUAUAGGUGAAUGGGUGUGUGUGUAUGUGUGUGUGCUUUGCGAUGGACUUACCCCCACCCACCCCAGUUUUCUCCCACAGUCCAAAAACAUGCAGUCACGCGGUUACACGAACCUGAUUAGUGCAUUGCAAAUUAGUAGUAGGGGUAGCUCACUGGUUGAGGAACUGGACUAAACCCCAGUUUCCUCCCACAGUCCAAAAACAUGCAGUCAGGUUAAUUGGAGACACUGAAUUGCCCUAUAGGUGAAUGGGUGUGUGUGUGUGCCCUGCGAUGGACUGGCGCCCCGUCCAGGGCUCCCUGAUUGGAUAAGCGGUUAAGAAAGUGAGUUGAGUGUACACCUGUAUUCGUAUAAAUGACAAAUAUAGGCAUUCGUUUAUCAUGAUCAGGGUUGCAGUAGGUCCGGUGCAAGGCAGCCCAUACAGGCUGUGAAUCAAUCAUGGUGCUUUGGUCACCUCCACACCUUAACAGAAGCCGAUAAUGACAAGAAGGCCUGCUUCGCGAUCGACGUUCCGAUUCAUCCCAAAGUUUCAGGGCUCAGUGCCGGCCACUGGAGCUCCUCUACGUCAGAUUGAAAUCACGUCUUCAUUUACCUCGCUUUGCGCACAGAGGCGCAGUCACGACUCGCGCUAUGAUUAGGAGAGGCGUGCACAUUCUAUCAGAUCUAACGACUUGCACCUCCUCAUUUGCAUUUGUUUCCUAUCGUUGUGAGAAAAAAGAGCAGCAUGGCAGUUUCGAUCACGCAUCAGAUGCCCAUAUUCCAGUUUGCAUUGGAGUUCAUGAGACAGGCGUACGUACCCUAGACAAUAUUUGGGCAAGGGUAUGAAACCUGAGGCUCUUGAUCUAACGUCCGUGGCUAGACUGUGUUCGAACUUGUCACAUGACUUACUGUUUUAAGGAUAACCGCAGCAGGGGAUGGGAUGUUGUGGUCUGCAGAUAGAACAAUGUGUUUCUAUACACCGAUCAGCCAUAACAUUAAAACCACCUCCUUGUUUCUACACUCACUGUCCAUUUUAUCAUCUCCACAAUUACUGACUGUAGUCCAUCUGUUUUUACUCAAUGUCAAUGAGGCAGGACCACUACAGAGCAGGUAUUAUUUAGGUGGUGGAUGGUUCUCAGCACUGCAGUGACCCUGACAUGGUGGUGGUGUGUUAGUGUGUAUUGUGCUGGUUAGGGAACUGGACUAGUAGGGGUAGCUCGCUGGUUAAGGAACUAGCUCACUGGUUAGGGAACUGGACUAGUAGGGGUAGCUCGCUGGUUAAGGAACUAGCUUACUGGUUAAGGAACUGGACUAGAAAUCAGAAGGUGGUCGGUUUAAGCCCAUUGAAAAGCUGGGAUAGGCUCCAGCACCCCAUGACAUCAGCUCACGAUAGUAAGCAGCACCACCUAGUGGAACUUCAGUUACAUGACCAUAUUAGUUACAUGAACCUGAUUAAUAAUAAGUGACUACUGUAGACAAAAAAGCAAAGUAAACAAUAAGAUUGUUUACUGAGAUUGCUCACAGAAGUAAUCAGUGGUUCUGAAGGACGGGUAGCUCACUGGUUAAGGAACUGGACUAGUAGGGGUAGCUCACUGGUUAAGGAACUGGACUAGGAGGGGUAGCUCACUUGUUAAGCAACUGGACUAGAAAUCAGAAGGUUGUCAGUUCAAGCCCAUUAAAAAGCUGGGAUAAGCUCCAGCACCCCUCUGCAACCCUAACUGGAUAAUCGGUUAAGAAAGUGAGUGAGUAUUUACUGAGGAUGCUCAGUAAUGGAAUUUGUUUGUGAAUAGGGUAGGGGUAGCUCACUGGUUGAAGUACUGGACUAGGAAUCAGAAGAUUGCCGGUUCAAGCCCCACCACUGCCAAAGUAACCACUGCUCAAAUUGUGUUGAGUCAUAAUUGUAAAGACAAUAAUUAUAACACUGACACAAAUGAGCCCAGACUCAGUACUGUGUAUGGACUUAAAUAUUCAGUCAAGUGUACUAGUAGGGGUAGCUCACUGGUUAAGGAACUAGACUAGUAGGGGUAGCUCACUGGUUAAGGAACUGGACUAGUAGGAGUAGCUCACUGGUUAAGGAACUAGACUAGUAGGGGUAACUCACUGGUUAAGGAACUAGACUAGUAGGGGUAACUCACCGGUUAAGGAACUAGACUAGUAGGAGUAGCUCACUGGUUAAGGAACUGGACUAGUAGGAGUAGCUCACUGGUUAAGGAACUAGACUAGUAGGGGUAACUCACUGGUUAAGGAACUAGACUAGUAGGGGUAACUCACCGGUUAAGGAACUAGACUAGUAGAAGUAGCUCACUGGUUAAGGAACUGGACUAGUAGGAGUAGCUCACUGGUUAAGGAACUAGACUAGUAGGGGUAACUCACUGGUUAAGGUACUAGACUAGUAGAAGUAGCUCACUGGUUAAGGAACUAGAUUAGUAGCGGUAACUCACUGGUUAAGGAACUGGACUAGUAGGGGUAGCUCACUGGUUAAGGAACUGGACUAGAAAUCAGAAGGUUGUCAGUUCAAGCCCAUUAAAAAGCUGGGAUAGGCUCCAGCACCCCAAACAAAUUGGUAGCUCACUGGUAAAGGAACUGGACUAGUAGGGGUAGACUAGAAAUCAGAAGGUUGUCGGUUUAAGCCCCACCACUGCCAAAGUAACCACUGCUCAAAUUGUGUCGAGUCCUAAUUGUAAAGACAUUAAUUAUAACACUAUGACACUACAUAAUUGGACUAGUAGGGGUAGUUCACUGGUUAAAGUACUGGACUAGGAAUCAGAAGGUUGCCGGUUCAAGCCCCACCACUGCCAAAGUAACCACAGCUCAAAAGUUUCGAGUCAUAAUUGUAAAGACAUUAAUUAUAACACUAUGACACAAAUGAGCCCAGACUCAGUAUGUGUAUGGACUCAAAUAUCCCAAAUCUUCCAGUCACUUAAAUGCUGUAUAUUUAAGGACGCUGCUUUUACCUUCGACUCUAGACUGUGUGAUUAUAAUCAUCACAUCAAUGCUGUGUGUACUUGCUGUGUGUAUAUUUGUCUAUGUGUGUGUGUGUCGCAGUAUUCCCCAGCACUUCCCGAACUCAGAAGUGUGAACAGUAUUGGAAACAGUAUUUCACAGCAAUACACUCGGGUUCACCAACCGAGCACAAAAGCAGUCCGGCCCUCGUCUGUCUCGUCUGCACGUCCUCUGCUGUACGUGAACCCUCGUCGGCCAGAAGCUCACACGUCUGUAGGACCUGUCCUGCGCGUCUUCCUUUCUCAGACUCGUACUUGUAUAUUUGAUACUGUUUGAAGGACAAGCUGUCACUGGAAUGCAGAAGGGCAGGUUAGUAUUACGUUCUGUCGCCUAAGCACACACUGGAAACGGCUUCACGGACUUCUUCUGGACUGGUUCCAUCACGCUAUACUUUAUAAACAGAUGAUUUAUUUUAUAUCUGACGUACAUCCGAAUCUCUGGCGGUUUAGUCUUACUCAGUAAUGUUUGCUCCUGCAAGCCAGGCCACGUUCCUGAUGGGAUGGUGGCUGGUUUAUCUACACACCAGUUAACUGGAAGUAAAAGUAAUGAAUGUAAAAAUAGAAAUCACACCAUUAUGUUUGGAAACUGUUUUUUUUGUAUGGAUUAUACAUGUGAAUUAUUAAAAACCUGAUCGAUCGA